AUGGACAGUAGUACCUCCUGGGCGGGGAAGAAUGCGGCUCUUCCCAGCGUGGGCACAAUUUUGCUCGCUGCUCUUGGCCUGGGUUUCGCCUACUGUGUCGUCGAAAUCUUGUACAACUUAUACCUCCACCCCCUGCGGCACUUUCCAGGACCCAAGCUUAAUGCUAUCAGCAAGAUACCGUAUACGAAGAGUCAGCUCUCGGGCGACUACCCUCGUCAUCUCCAGGAGAUGACCAUGAAAUAUGGCUACUUUAUCCGUGUCGCGCCUGAUAUCCUUUCGAUCUUGCACCCCGACACAGUCCCAACAAUCCAUGGCCAUCGCAAGGGGGGCAAGGACGAGAAUCCGAGAGACGUCCUCGCCUUGGGCGGGAAUGAAAAGACUAUCCUCGCCGUUGGUCGCGAAGAGCAUGGGCGGUUGCGGCGCAUCUUGGCCUCGGGCUUCUCGAACCAGGCCAUGAUAGAGCAGGAGCCAAUGUUCCGCGAAUACGCCGACAAGUUGAUCAAAGGUAUGCAAAGCUAUAGCAAGCGUGCGCCGGGACCACUAGAUGUGACGAGCUGGUACAACUGGGCCACUUUUGAUGUAAUUGGCGACCUUUCGUUUGGCGAGUCAUUUGGGUGUCUCGAUGGACAGUCGUACCACCCCUGGGUCGCCAACAUCUUCAAAGGUGUCAAAGAGAAUCUUUUUGCAAAUGAGAUGCUACGCUACGGCCGCCGCGUAGGUCCCUUCUUGGCAAAACUCGUCCUCCCCCGCGACCUCGCCGGCAAAAACGCAUACCACAAGGCCCUGAGCAGGGAGAAGGUGGCUAGGCGCCUAGCAGCGACUGUGGAGAGGCCCGACUAUGUCAGCAGGAUGCUUGUGGGCCGGAAGGGCAAGGAUGAUGGCCUAAGUGUCGAGGGCAUCGAAGAACACGCCGCCCUCCUGAUCCUUGCAGGCUCCGAGACGACAGCCACCACGAUGUCCGCUGCGACAUACUUCUUGACCACCCAUCCUAACGUUCUGGCUCGUGCCGUGGCCGAGGUCCGUCAGUCCUAUGUCGACGACAAAGAGAUCAGCCUUACUCAGGAUGUGCAAACCCCCUUCGUGGAAGCAGUCCUCAAUGAGACCCUUCGCCUGUUCCCGGCCGCACCCGUUCCAGUCCCACGUGUCAUAAACAAGGAUGGCGAGAUCAUCGACGGGCGUUACAUUCCCCCCGGUACACUUGCCGAGAAUCCCCUCUGGGCCAUUCAUCGCCACCCGAACUUAUUCCACCGCCCCAAUGAGUUCAUUCCCGAGCGAUGGCUAGGUGAUGAAAGGUUUAAGAACGAUCGGCUCGAUGCAGUUAUGCCAUUUGGAAACGGCCCGCGCGUCUGUAUCGGCAAGAACCUCGCAAAUUCUGAAAUGCGCAUGCUGAUGUGCAAGGUACUGUGGAAUUUCGACCUGGCCUUGGCCGAGGACUCGAGAAACUGGAUCGACCAGUGUAAGGCCUUCAGCAUCUGGGAGAAACCACCUCUACACGUGUAUGUGAAGUCUAGGCAAAACUAG